UUGAAAUAUUGCAAUACAGAAGAAUUAUAUAUGUUGAAGCUGCUGGCUUUGUGUCUCUUAACUUCUUUGAUGUAUGUUCAAAUUGCUGAGGCCGGAAUUCGGUAUUACAAAUGGGAGGUAAAGUAUGAGUACAAGUCCCCUGAUUGCUAUAAGAAGCUAGCUAUCACCAUCAAUGGCAGAACUCCAGGACCCACAAUCUUGGCCCAGAAAGGCGACACCGUCAUUGUCGAGGUCAAGAACAGCCUUAUGCUAGAGAACCUUGCAAUCCAUUGGCAUGGAAUCCGACAGAUUGGAUCACCUUGGGGUGAUGGAACAGAGGGGGUGACCCAAUGUCCAAUAUUUCCUGGAGAUUCCUUCAAAUACGAGUUUAAAGUUGAUAAUUAA